AUGACUGUCUCCGGCUUUCUCUCCAUUCUGGCUGUGGUGCUUCUUGUUGAAGAGAGUAGACCCUGGUCUUACCACACCUCCACAGAACUCCUGACUUACGACGAAGCCAGCGCUUACUGUCAGCAAAGGCACACACACCUGGUGGCGAUUCAAAAUAAGGAAGAGAUUGAGUACCUAAACUCCACCUUGAGCUUUGCACCAAGUUACUACUGGAUCGGAAUCAGAAAAGUCAACGGCGUGUGGGUCUGGGUAGGGACCCAGAAGCCCCUGACUGAAGAAGCCAGGAACUGGGCUCCGGGUGAGCCGAACAACAAGCAGAAGAACGAGGACUGCGUGGAGAUCUACAUCAAGAGAGAGCAGGAUUCUGGGAAGUGGAAUGAUGAGCGGUGCGACAAGAAGAAGCUGGCUCUGUGCUACACAGCUGCCUGCACGGAAGCCUCCUGCACUGGCCACGGCGAAUGCAUAGAGACCAUCAACAACUACACCUGCGGGUGCCACCCCGGCUUCCGCGGACUCAGGUGUGAGCAAGCGGUGACCUGCCCAGCCCAGGAGCGUCCUGAGCACGGAAGGCUGGACUGCGCGGGGCCUUUCGGGCCAGAUGGCUACAGCGCCUCCUGCUCUGUCCGCUGUGACAGGGGCUUCGUGCCCAGCGGCCCGGAGACCCCACGCUGCACGUCCUCUGGGCUGUGGAGCGCUCCCCCCCCUGCCUGCCGGGCGGUGGAGUGCCGUGCCCCCCCCAGCCCUGCCAACGGGCUCAGCACCUGCUCCCGCGGCCCUGGCAGCUUCCCGUGGAACACGACCUGCUCCUUUGGCUGCGAGGAGGGGUUCGAGGUCAGGGGCGCGGAGACCCUCAGGUGCACCUCGUCCGGACGCUGGGACCGCGAGCCGCCCGUGUGCAAAGCUGUGACGUGUGACGCUGUCCCUCAGCCCCAGAAUGGCUCCGUGAAGUGUGCGCACGGCCCCGCUGGAGAGUUCACCCCCAAGUCCUCUUGCGUCUUCAGCUGCAGGGAAGGCUUCAGGAUGCUGGGGGCAGCCGAGCUUGCGUGCACAGCUCAGGGCCGGUGGUCCCAGGCGGUGCCCUCCUGCCAAGGAGCCUCACCCCAGCUUCUGACACGGCCAGGCCGGUGGCCCUCAGCAGUGGCAGGGCUGGCGAUGGCGCGUUGGGCCGUGGUGAGGUUUGCGAGCUCUGCCCUGCGCAUCUCAUUUGCAGCGGUCCGGUGUGCAGGCCUCGAGGCUCCGGGGACAAUGAACGUGAGCUGCAGCGGGGCGCCCGUGGCCGGCGCCGUGUGCAGGUUCGCGUGCCCCGACGGGUGGGCUCUCAACGGCUCUGCGGCCCUCACCUGCGGCGCCUCGGGAUCCUGGUCGGGGCCGCUGCCGACCUGCAAAGCCCCCACAGAGGCCAGCCUGGCCUUGGCAGCUGGACUUUCCAUCGCGGGCACCUCCUUCCUGGCAGUGACUUCAUUUCUCCUCUGGUUUCUAAAGCGCUUUUGGAAGAAAGCAAAGCGGUUUGUUCCUGCCAGGAAGGGGUUCAGCUCAACCCGCCGGAUCAUGAGGAUUCUCCAGCCCCCACCCCGGUCUCUCCGACGCUCCAGUGCUGGGCCGGCCUUGGCCUCUCUCCGCUCCCCGCCUCCCCUCAGGGCACGCUGGUACCAGGUUUCCACUAGAGGGCGGUCAAAGAAAGAGGGAGGAGGAAAAAGCAGCCUGGCUGGCUGGCCAGCAACACUGGAUUUGGCCAUCUUGGUCCAUUUGUGUCAAGGGGUGAGCCCUGCUGGUGCCGCCCUGCCACCCGCCACCCUGCUGCCCGCAGCCAACUCUUGCACAAGGACCCGAGGCUCCCAGGCCCAGGAGAGCCGCGCGCCGCAGAGGAAGAGAGGAGAGGAGAGGAGCACCAGAGAAGCCAUGAUAUUUGUGUGGAAGCGUCCGGGUGCCGGGCGGGGCUCCCGGGCCCUGUGCGGACUGUGGCUGUGGACAGCGCUCUGCUGCGGUAUGCCCUGGUGCUAUUUCUUGGCAUACCAUGGGACUGACUGCUGGACUUACCAUUAUUCUGAAAAACCUAUGACCUGGGAAAACGCUAGAAGGUUCUGCCAAGAAACUUACACAGAUUUAGUUGCCAUACAAAAUAAGGCCGAGAUUGAGUACCUAGAACGGACCCUGCCCCUCAGCCGAUAUUACUACUGGAUAGGCAUCCGGAAGAUCAGACAGACAUGGACGUGGGUGGGGACCAACAAGUCUCUCACUGAAGAAGCAGAGAACUGGGGGACGGGGGAGCCCAACAACAAGAAAUCCAAGGAGGACUGCGUGGAGAUCUAUAUCAAGAGGGAAAGAGACUCAGGAAAGUGGAAUGAUGAUGCCUGCCACAAACGCAAGACAGCCCUGUGCUACACAGCUUCCUGCCAGUCCCAGUCAUGCAGUGGUCGUGGAGAAUGUGUCGAAACCAUCAAUAACCACACCUGUAACUGUGAGGCGGGGUACUACGGACCCGAGUGCCAGUUUGUGGUCGAGUGUGAGCCUCUGAGCGCCCCAGACCUGGGCACCAUGGACUGUGUCCACCCUUUGGGAAACUUCAGCUUCCGCUCCCAGUGUACCUUCCUCUGCACGGAGGGGACAGAUCUAAUCGGGGCUGAAGAGACCAGCUGUGGACCCCUGGGGAACUGGUCGUCUCUAGAACCAACCUGUCAAGAGACAGGCCGGAGUUUCUCAGUGACCAAGGAAGGUGGCUAUAACCCCCUCUUCAUUCCAGUGGCGGUCAUGGUCACUGCCUUCUCUGGACUGGCAUUUAUCAUUUGGUUGGCGAGACGACUGAGCAGAGGCAAGAAAUCUCAGGAAAGGAUGGAUGACCCAUACUAGUCUGUCCAUGGUGAAGGAAAAUUCUUAAGCUACUAGAAAAAUCACUGGGAAAUGACUUCAAAUCUUUCCACGAUAUCUUGUGAAGAGAAAGUGUUUCCUUCUGCGCACUUGGGACGAUUUCUUCAUGACGAACAGCCCCUUCUGCUCCCCUUUGGACCUUAAUUCAUUCUCCUACUCACAACCCACAGUUGAUGUUACAUAGCUCUGUUUUUCAUCAUCUUUUCUAGGGAGAAACAAAUGAGACCAGACUAGAAAGGGGGGGGAAAGAUUUCUAUGGAAUAUAAAGAUGUCUAACUUUGCUCUUUCCUAUUUCUUAUUUCAAGUGCCAUUUCAAUAAUGUAUUCGAUAAUAAAGGUUAUUAUGAUCCUGUA